AUGAAGCGUUUUCAGAAGCAAAAUCCUUCAGAGAUGGGUCAGCUAGUAUCACCGGGAUGGUUUGAAUCCCCCUGCUGUGGAUUGACAAAUCUGGGCAACACAUGUUACAUGAACGCAACAGUGCAGUGUCUACGCUCUGUGCCUGAGCUCAAAGACGCUCUCAGGAGGUACUCUGGUGCCUUGCGCUCUUCUGGAGCUAGUGUACCUUCCCAGUACAUCACAGCAGCUCUGCGUGAUUUGUACGAGUCCAUGGAUAAGACCGCGUCAAGCAUUCCCCCUAUCAUCCUGCUGCAGUUCCUGCACAUGGCCUUUCCACAGUUUGCCGAAAAAGGCGACCAGGGCCAGUACCUCCAGCAGGAUGCCAAUGAGUGCUGGGUUCAGAUUCAACUCUAUACCAGCAUGUGCUCUCUCAGUAUGAAGUGUACUGAGUCAGAGGAUGAGGAUCCGACUAAAGGCACAGAAAGCCAGCUGCAGCUUAGCUGCUUCAUCAAUCAGGAAGUCAAAUAUCUCGCCACUGGACUCAGAUUGAGGCUACAGGAGGACAUUACAAAGUUGUCCCCAUCCUUACAAAGAAAUGCCCUCUAUAUCAAAUCGUCCAAAAUCAGCCGUCUCCCGGCAUACCUCACGGUUCAGAUGGUCCGGUUCUUUUUCAAAGAAAAAGAGUCCGUGAAUGCCAAAGUCCUUAAGGAUGUCAAAUUUCCUCUUAUGCUGGACGUCUAUGAGCUGUGCACUGCUGGACUGCAGGAGAAGAUGGUUUCUGUGAGGUCAAAGUUCAAGGAGGUUGAAGACAAGAAACUGGAGAUGCUGCAGCAGCCGAAAGAGAAUCAGAAGGUUGGAGCUCCAAAGGAAACAAAAUAUGAACCUUUCUGUUUUUCUGACGAUUUGGGCUCCAACAACAGUGGUUACUACGACCUACAAGCGGUUCUGACGCAUCAGGGCCGAUCCAGUUCAUCUGGCCACUACGUCGGCUGGGUUAAAAGGAAAGAAGAUGAAUGGGUGAAGUUUGACGAUGAUAAGGUCAGCGUUGUGACCCCUGAGGACAUCUUGAAGCUGUCUGGUGGUGGUGAUUGGCAUAUAGCAUACGUCCUUCUGUAUGGCCCUCGACAUCUGGAGAUACUGGAGUAACAAUGGUUCACAGAGGAAACUUAAACCAUAAUUGCCAUUUCAGAGCACUGUCUGUAUAGAUGUGCAAAUAAAUUUUGGUGUCUUUAAAAACA